AUGCCGAUGAUAAUGAUUAUUUCUAAAUGCUUUGUUUUUUCAGUAUCAGCUGAUGAAAGUAUAUUAGGCACUGUUGCAAUUUUAACUACAGAAAAACUUCUGGAAAUCAUUGAAUCUUCUUAUCCCAAUCCAGUUGUUAUUUCUGAGAUUGCUAAAGAACAUGGUUGGGACGAAGAAGAAAUUUCAGCCUGUCUUGCGGAAUUACAAAACAGAGGGCUAAUUAAAUCAAUGGAACACGGCGCUUUUACUCGUCAACAGUCGCAAGAUGCCCAGGUUACAGUGGUCAAACAAAUGCCGACAAUUGCCAGUGCUCAUCAGCCUACAAUUGCUAUAAUUACCGCACAAUAUUGCGAAAAAAUUGCAGUGGACGCAAUGAUAGAAAAUAAAGAGACCUUCGUACGAUACACAACAAUUGGUGAGCAUUAAUUAACUUCAAAUUUAAAAU